AAAACUAUUUGAUUGCCUAUGGAGGAAUGUUAAAUCCAGUACAAGGGAGUAAUUAUUGGGAUACAGAGGGAGAGGGAAUGGUGUUACCCCCAAAUAUUGUUAGAAGGCCAAAGGGGAGACCCAAAACUGCUAGGAGGAGAGACCCAUCUGAAGGUUCCAAGCAUCCUUCUAGGUCAUCAAGGCAGGGAUUAAUACAAAAGUGUAGCAAUUGUCACAGAACAGGGCAUAGAAGACCCAGUUGUCCUGAUGCAGCAACAAAUCCUCCCAGGCCAGCACAUCAACAGGAAAAUCAAUCUCAAGUUCUUGAUGAAGGCACAAGUGGAAGGAAGAAAAGAGGAAGACCAAAGGGGAGCAAAACCAGACCUAACAUUUCCAUUGAAGAGCAUAGUCAAACUAACACUCUUCCACCAUCUCAAGUUUUCAUAAAUAAAAGAUCAAUGGCUAGAGCUCAAUCUCAAAAUGCUAGAGGAAGGAGUGAUAUGCGACGGGGCCGAGGCAAAGGAAGAAAUAAUGCAGUCAUUAUGCCAGAGGGUUUUGGCCUAUGGCAUGGUGAUCAUGGUGAAAUAGCUUAUAGAGACCCAAGUGCCUCUCAAGCAACAAUCAUACAGGAAUCAACUCCAAUUUCAACCCAGGAUGUACACCAAGAGGAGCAUACACAGGCUUCAUGUGCACAUAAUAGUGGGUUGUAAUUAUAUGUAAUUAUAUGUAAUUAUAGUUUAGCUUUUGGUAAUAUAUAGACUUGAGGUAGUUGAAUGACUUUUUACUUGUUGCUGGUUAUUGUAAUCAUGACAAACACAUGACAGUCAAAGAGUGACUAAUGUAGUUUGGCUUUUGGUUUGUAUGU